UCUUUCUUCCACACCUCCUCCUCCACAUAAAACUCACCGGCCUCUGCAUUGAUGUCCGUAGCGACAGAAGACGUCGUAGACAACGUCGCAAACCUACCUAAACAUAAACCCACCUCACAACUCCAUAUUACAUCAUUACUUCACUCUCUUAAUUCUCUCAAAAACUCGUUUAAUCAAAAACCCAAAAACAACCCAUGGCCCGGACGACGACGAGGCUCUACACAGUCAAACCGAUCCGUCCAUUUUGACCGGUCGCCAGAAGUACGCUAUACAUUCUCGAAAGAAGAUUACGAUCGAGGUGGCAAUACACCCGAUACCGAUGAUAGGCCUCCAUCUCCUCAGUGGAAAACGAAACGACCUCCGUUGUUGGACGAUACCGAUGAAGAUGACUCCAGAAGGUCCAUCGUAUAUCAAGUAGCCUCUCAGUUGGAUCUGCCAAUGCCGCAUCUUCCUGCUGCCGUUUCCCCAGAUAUUCAAACUCAUCUGGACUCCAUUGAAUCUCAUAUUCAAACCCUCAAAACCUCUUUGGAUGCCCCGGAUGUCACUAUUGGCAGCUCUGCUAUCCAAGUGCGUCGUCUCUUGCACUUGCUGGAUUCAAGUGCGAACGAAAUUAGGCAGCUGACUCACCAUGGGAAUAAGUCCUAAUACUAGGAAAACCGGUAUAUAGUGAAACGGGUACCGUUUCCAUCAGUUAUAUUGAAGAUAGCAAGAACAUUGUUUAAAUAAAUGAAGAUGAAGUACCUGUCAAAAU